AUUCCUGCACAGGUGUGGCGGCUGCGGGUGAAGCUGUGCGUGGAGCCGGCUCGCCGGCCUCCUCCCAGCCCGCAGCUCCGCCGCUCCUUCCUGCUGCUCAUUUGUUCUCAUCUGCAUGUGUGACAGCGGCGUGCGGACUGGGGAAGGACAGAGCGCCCUCUCCCCUGCUCCCGGCGCCGCCGGGCCGGGGCUCCGGGCUCCGGGUGAUGCACUGUCUACUCCUCGCCGCCCCGCUGCUCCGGCCUGGCAGUGACCAGGCUUGGACGCCACCGGACCGCUGAGACUUGAGGGACGGUGAGGCGCUGGCCGGCGUCGGGCUGGAGCACGCGAGCGAGAUGGAGGCGGCAAGAGGGGACACGGGAUCAGACACGGAGUAGUCCGCAAACCCCGGGGCUCGAACUUCCUCUGGCGCUGCGCUGGGACAGGGCGGGCAGGUCCCCGGGGCUGCCAUGGAGGUGCCUAAUGUCAAGGACUUUCAGUGGAAGCGCCUGGCGCCACUUCCUAGCCGCCGGGUCUACUGCUCCCUGCUGGAGACGGGGGGACAGGUCUAUGCCAUCGGGGGAUGUGAUGACAAUGGUGUCCCCAUGGACUGCUUCGAGGUCUACUCCCCCGAGGCCGACCAGUGGACCGCCCUGCCCCCUCUACCCACAUCCCGGGCUGGGGUGGCGGUCACUGCUCUGGGGAAGCGGAUCAUGGUGAUCGGGGGUGUGGGCACAAAUCAGCUGCCCCUGAAGGUCGUGGAGAUGUACAAUAUCGAUGAGGGCAAGUGGAAGAAGAGGAGCAUGCUGCGGGAGGCUGCCAUGGGCAUUUCUGUCACAGCAAAAGAUUACCGAGUGUACGCAGCAGGUGGGAUGGGCCUGGACCUCCGUCCACACAACCACCUCCAGCACUAUGACAUGCUCAAGGACAUGUGGGUGUCACUAGCACCCAUGCCCACCCCGAGAUAUGCUGCCACCUCCUUCCUCCGAGGCUCCAAGAUCUAUGUGCUGGGGGGACGACAGUCCAAGUACGCGGUCAAUGCCUUCGAGGUCUUUGACAUUGAGACUCGCUCCUGGACCAAGUUCCCCAACAUUCCCUGUAAGCGGGCCUUCUCCAGCUUUGUGACCCUGGACAGUCACUUGUACAGCCUGGGAGGCCUGCGGCAGGGUCGGCUCUAUCGGCAGCCCAAGUUCCUGCGGACAAUGGACGUGUUUGACAUGGAACAGGGGGGAUGGCUGAAAAUGGAACGGUCAUUCUUUCUUAAGAAACGACGGGCAGACUUUGUGGCUGGUUCUCUGAGCGGACGGGUCAUAGUGGCCGGGGGACUUGGAAACCAACCCACUGUCCUGGAGACGGCAGAAGCGUUCCACCCAGGGAAGAACAAAUGGGAGGUGCUCCCUCCCAUGCCCACGCCCCGCUGUGCCUGCUCCAGCAUCGUCAUCAAGAAUUGCCUCCUGGCCGUGGGGGGUGUCAACCAGGGUCUGAGUGACGCAGUGGAAGCCCUGUGUGUCUCUGACUCCUAGCUGUCCUGGGCCCAACACCUUUGCCCCAGACUGUAUCACUACAUUCUCAACAUGAGGAAUGGUCUUGUCAAAACAAUUUGGGCUACUUUCCAGAAUGCCCGCUUCCAAAAGAGGAGCUGCUAUUGUCCUUUCCCCAGCUCUGGACUAGUUUUGAGGGUCUCUUGAGAUAAAAGAUGGACUAGAAGGGCUGGGGAUAUAGCUUGGUUGGUAGAGUGCUUGCCUUGCAAGCACAAAGGCCCUGGGUUCAAAUCC